AUGCAUAAGAAACUUGCCAUUGCAUCUCUCUUUCUAUCUUUUCUAUUUCUAUUGCUUUCUCAGUCUGUCUUAGUCUUACCUUCUCUAUCUCUUUGUAUCCUCUCCUUAGUCUUACCUUCUCUAUCUCUUUGUGUUCUCUCCUUCUCUAUUCUCUCUUUCUCUUUUCUCUCAUUACUUUUCUGUCCAUACUUAUCUCUGUUUUCUUUAUUAACCCUUAUAUCAUCUCUCACACUUUCUACCACCUUUCCUCUUUUCUUUCUUCAACUAUCCUUGUCACUAUCUCUAUCUUUUCUUACUCUAUCUCAUCGCCUCACUAUUCAUAACUCUAUCCUCAUCACUCCCUCUUCUUUUCAUAUCUCUCUUUCUAUUCCUUACUUCUUAACCACCUCACCCUCUCUCUGUCAUCAUAAUUUUCUUUUUCUCCUCACUAUCACUCUCUCCCUCACUCUAGCUGUCCUCAUCACUUUCUCUCUCUCUCUUUCUGUGUCUGUCACCAUCAAUCUCUCUCUCUCUCUCUCUGUAUCAGUUGUCAUCAAUUUCUCCAUCUCUCCCUCUCUGUGUCUGUCUUCAUCACUCUCUCCCUCUCUGUGUCUGUCUUCAUCACGCUCUCCCUCUCUGUGUCUGUCUUCAUCACGCUCUCCCUCUCUGUGUCUGUCUUCAUCACGCUCUCCCUCUCUGUGUCUGUCUUCAUCACGCUCUCCCUCUCUGUGUCUGUCUCCAUCACUCUUUUCCACUCUGUAUCUGUCUCCAUCACUCUCUCUCGCUCUCUGUGUAUUGUCAUCAUUUUCUCUCACUCUGUCCCUCUGCUCAUUAUUCUCUCUCUCUCUGUGUCUCUCAUCACCACUCUCUCCCUCUCUCUCUCUAACAUCACCACUCUCUCCCUCUCUCUCUAACAUCACCACUCUCUCCCUCUCUGUGUCUCUCUUCUUCACUCUCUCCUUCUGUCUUCAUCACUCUCAUCCUAUGCCUUCAUCACUCUCUCCCUCUUUGUGUCUCUCUUCAUCACUCUCUCCCUCUUUGUGUCUCUCUUCAUCACUCUCUCCCUCUUUGUGUCUCUCUUCAUCACUCUCUUCCUCUUUGUGUCUCUCUUCAUCACUCUCUUCCUCUUUGUGUCUCUCUUCAUCACUCUCUCUCUUCAUCACUCUCUUCCUCUCUGUCUUCAUCACUCUCUUCCUCUCUGUCUUCAUCACUUUCUUCCCCUCUGUAUCUGUCUUUGUCACUUUCUACCCCUCUGUAUCUGUCUUUGUCACUUUCUCCCCCUCUGUAUCUGUCUUUGUCAUUUUCUCCCCCUCUGUAUCUGUCUUUGUCACUUUCUCCCCCUCUGUAUCUGUCUUCAUCACUCUCACCUUCUGUCUUCAUCACUCUAUGUGUCUCUCUUCAUCACUCUAUGUGUCUCUCUUCAUCACUCUAUGUGUCUCUCUCCCUCACUGUUUCUUUAUCUCUCUUCAUUGCUUAUUCUCUCCUGCUCUCAAUGUUUUAGUCUUUCACCAUUUCCUCUUUCUCUCCAUCUUGUAUUGUUUCUGUCUACUUUAUUCUCUCUCUCUCUCUCCAUUCCUCACUGUUUCUUUCUCUCUAUCAUUUUAUCAUUCUCAGUCUUUGUUGCUCUCUCUCAGUUACUUCAUCACUUUCUCUUUCAAUGUGUCUUUGUCUCUUUUUCACUCUCUCUCACUGUUUGUCUUUUUACUUUUAUUCCCCACCUCUCUUGUGACAUGUAUCGUCAUUGCUCUCUCUCAAAUUGUGUUUCUAUGA